UUUUAUUGAAAAGAACGCCAUCGUGGUUUGUUUACCUUUACUCCGAACGAUGUGCGUAAAUGAUCGUCACAUUUCAUAAACCGGUAACCUGUUGUAAAACAUGAACGCAAUUAAUAACUCAGGCAUCGCCGUGUUAUCUCGGCUGGCGACGGAAUGUUUGCGUCGACAGGCCACAAGUAGAUAUAGUUCUCGACAUAUUAUGAGAGUUUCAGUGGGUGCUAUCAAUGGCUUCGAUUUCAGCACAAAGACAAGAGAUGAAAGUCAAAGGUCUAUGAUAAAGCAGCCUCAACCAUUGUCAUUAAAUGUCUGUAAUAUCCACCAAGCCAGUCGACUCUUGUCUAGCGGAUCUGAUUUGCAGCCUACAGAAGUAACAGAGAUAGAGUAUGAAGGAUAUGCAGAGGAAACUCUCGACUCCCUGUGUGAUUUCUUUGAAGAUCUUCCUGAGACAGAAUCAUGCAAUGAAGAUUAUGACUGUGCCUUUGCAAGUGGUGUACUGACAGUUCAUGUUGGAGGAUCAGAAGGCACAUAUGUCAUCAACAAGCAGACCCCAAACAAACAGCUGUGGCUGUCAUCUCCCAUCAGUGGUCCAAAAAGAUAUGAUUACUGCAAUGGACAAUGGCUGUACCUCAGAGAUGGAACUGGACUGCACAAACUCCUGGAGGUGGAGUUGUCAGACAUCAUGAACCUCAAAAUCAACUUGUCAAAAUGCAAAUUUUACUCAGGAUGAAACAAAUGCCUUUACUAUGUUGUUUUGUUUUUGGGGUUUUUUCUUAGCUCUUAUUUAUGUAGUCAUAAACUAUGUCCUUCCAUAUUCUGAGGCUUCAUAUGUCAAUUUUUAUGUUAUUUUUGUUGUUACUGUGUUUAUUCAAGCAAGAUAUUCAAGCAGUAAGUUUUAAUUUAGAUGUCCCCUCUAAACUGGUACUUUCUGGGUAUCUUUAAUGUUUGAUUUUGAAUCAAUAUUUUUAUGAAAGGACUUGUAGUGUAAAAUAUUCAAAUACAGUCGAGUUGGAAAGGAUAGUUUACUGUGUGUUAUAUUCAUUUGUUUUUGCUUUCUGUUCUGUCAAAUGACCUGUUGCUGUUUUUGUUUAUUGUUAUUUUUUUUCUAAUAUUGUUUCAGUUGAAUCUCACCUUGUGACACCCACUCUAGUUUCUUACCUUUUUCUCAAGAACGUCAUUGAGUUUGUACAAUGAUUGUUUGUUCAUUGCUGUGAAUGAAGUAUAGGAGUAAAGACUUGUCAUGGUAAACACGAAAAGUCUUGUUUAUUUUUUUGCAAUUCUAUUCAUGUCUCAAUCUUUUAUUUAUUACAUUUUGACUACUUUGUCUAAAUGUGGUUAUUCAAAAAAAUGUGUGGACAUAGAUAACUCUUUUUGUUUUUAUGAUGUGUUUUCAUCAGAUUCCCCUGUGUCUUAUUUCUUUUUUCCUUUCAAUUUUUAUUUUCUUUAUUACUAUAGAAGUAGAAGCAUAUUUCAUAAAGUCCGAAGAUGUUUGGGGGUCACAUAAUACUCACUGUUCCAAUUUGCUGCUGCUCUGUUCACGGUGACUUCUCUGAGAUCUCAAAAAAGUUAAAUCGGGGGCUAUUUCUACUGACUAAAUGUAUUGAUAUGUUUUAAUAUCUUUUGUAUUCUGUCUGCACUAUUCAAUUUGUUUCCUACAUGGCCAGUGUAUUAUUGACUGUAUUCAUUCCUUUGCAUGGUCCCUUUAGCCCUUGACGUUACUGUGUUCACGUCAUUCUUUCCAUAAAGGGCUUAUAAGCUUAAUGUCUGGUGAUAGAGAGUAGUACCAUUGACAUUUCAUUUUUCUUAUUACGAACCAUGGCAUUGCCAGGUCUUGAGUUUGGUUUUGGGAUUAGUUCCAUGUAGGAUUGACUCUGCCUUUACUUUCGAUAUCAGUUUCACCCUGUCUAGUGUCUCACUCCGAAAAAUAGUACACCUAUAUGCUCGUUUUACUCUUCUUCUUUUUUUUUAAUUUGCAGAUACUCAGUGUGAAACAUUACUGAUUAUCUAAACUGAGGAAAGAUGUUGUAUGUAACUUAUGCAAAGAUGAUUUUCUUAGGAUUUCACUGCACUGCAGUCUUGCCUUUUUAUUUAGAGUGACUAAGUAAUAAGUUGCAGUUGAAUUUUUCUGCCAUAUUCGUCACCCUACUUGAAUUAAUAUUGGAUUGGGUUUGUUUGUUUUUUGUUGGGUUUUUUUUUUGUGAUCCUUAAUGGUGGAUUUUGUAUGUAUGUAUUUCAGUACAAAGUGAUGCUAUGUUAUGAAAACAGUCAAGCCAUAGAAGCUUCAGACUUUAUCAUUGGUGAAGAGGUCUCAGAAGGGUAUUGAUUGGGGAGAGUAAGGUGGUGUGGAGACGUCAGCUGUAACACAACUAUUUUUAUGAAGUUUGACGUUUGAAGUCUUUUUCAGCAUCUAUGUUUCCUCAUGCAUGUUUCGUUUUAUUGAGCACUCCAUACAGCACAAUGGUGUUAGUGGGAAGAGGAGUUUUCCCUCUUGCAACCUUUCUCUCUUACAUGUCUGUUGGUUUGAAGCCAACAAAUCUUUUUUGUGUUGGAGCAAAUGUUUGUGUGCAGUCAACCAAUACAUGGAAAGGUAUCAGUGGAGAUACAUUGUUGCAUGAAUAUUGUUCCCAACUGUCAAUAAUGCUUGUUUAAAAUAACACAUGAUCAUGAGAUGUAUUUAACUUGAAUUUCACUCAAUCUACUUUCCUCAAUUGUAAUACACAUCACAUAUGGCCAGCAAACACAGUUUAUUAUGAAGAUAUAAUACCACCUGUAGGGUUUCUUGUUUUUUGGAGAUACAUUGUUGCAUGAAUAUUGUUCCCAACUGUCAAUAAUGCUUGUUUAAAAUAACACAUGAUCAUGAGGUGUAUUUAACUUGAAUUUCACUCAAUCUACUUUCCUCAAUUGUAAAACACAUCACAUAUGGCCAGCAAACACAGUUUAUUAUGAAGAUAUAAUACCACCUGUAGGGUUUCUUGUUUUUUUUAAUGCUGUCAAACCUUGUAAUACUGCCCCUGUUAUACUGCCAGAUCCACUGACCACCAGUUUUUGCCAAUGCACGAAAAGGAAGGCCUAUAUGAAUAUAUUAUUUGCCCCUUUAAACUGCCGUCUGCCAAUUGUCCGAGUUGUACCAUCCUUACUAAACUAAUGUCAAUUUUGCCCUGCAACACGCCAGCAAGCUAGCUGCCAGAGGUACACAUAACAUAGCUCUCUCUCUGCAGCUGCUUUGUGAUAAUCUCCUUUUCUUCCAAAUAUGACUCUGAAAGCUAGUGCUUAUAGCUAAUUUGCUCCCUCCCCAUCCAUCCCACCUCCCCAACCUUGUCAUGAAGAUUUCAGACUGCAUGUGUUUGAGAAAAAGCCUUGAUCAUUAAGUAAUGUGCUUUUCAAUUUUAAUUUUUUCUCACACACACACACACACACACACACACACACACACACAUGCACAAGCACACACACACACACACACACACACACACACACACACACACACACACACACACACACACACACACACACACACAUGCACACACACACACACACACACAAACUCGUGCGUGCGCGCAUAUGCACAAUUGCAGAGAGAGAGUGAAUGAGAAAGAGAGAGAGAGAGAGAGAGAGAGAGACUUGAAAACUCUUCUUAAUACGUGCAAUUAACCUCCCCCCCC